AUGUCGCUUGCUGCGGAAUGCGGAAACACUACAAGCAACACAGUAGAAGCUUCCUUGGACAUGACCAAGGUCCUUAAUAUUUUGAAUGAACCGAGGUCUGGCAGCCACGUUGCACGAGAAAAUGUUAAAUUCUUGUACGAAAUGUUUUCACAAUUUUGUACUGCCCUGGCUGCACACUUUUCUGGGUUCGGAACUGAUGCCCUUAACGAGAAAUAUCGAUAUAUCGCAAAGUAUCGACAUAUAGAUAAGUAUCGAUAUAUCGAUAAGUACCGAAAAGAUAUCGAAAAGUACCGAAAAGAUAUCGAAAAGUACCGGAAAGAUAUCGAAAAGUACCGAAAAGAUAUCGAAAAGUACCGAAAAGAUUUCGAAAAGUACCGAAAAGAUUUCGAAAAGUACCGAAAAGAUAUCGAAAAGUACCGAAAAGAUAUCGAAAAGUAUCAAAAAGAUAUCGAAAAAUAUCGAAAAGUACCGAAAAGAUAUCGAAAAGUACCGAAAAGAUUUCGAAAAGUACCGAAAAGAUAUCGAAAAGUACCGAAAAGAUAUCGAAAAGUACCGAAAAGAUAUCGAAAAGUACCGAAAAGAUAUCGACAAGUACCGAAAAGAUAUCGACAAGUACCGAAAAGAUAUCGACAAGUACCGAAAAGAUAUGUAAAAGUAUCGAAAAGAUAUCGAAAAGUAUCGAAAACAUAUCGAAAAGUAUCGAAAAGAUAUCGAAAAGUAUCGAAAAGAUAUCGAAAAGUAUCGAAAAGAUAUCGAAAAGUAUCUAUAUAUAUCGAAAAGUAUCGAUAUAUAUCGAAAAGUAUCGAUAUAUAUCGAAAAGUAUCGAUAUAUAAUGAAAAGUAUCGAUAUAUAAUGAAAAUAUCGAUAUAUAAUGAAAAGUAUCGAAAAGAUAUCGAAAAGUAUCGAAAAGAUAUCGAAAAGUAUCGAAAAGAUAUCGAAAAGUAUCGAUAUAUAUCGAAUAGUAUCGAUAUAUAUCGAAAAAAUCGAUAUAUCGAUAAAUAUCGAUAUAUCGAAAAGUACCGAAAAGAUAUCGAUAAGUACCGAAAAGAUAUCGAUAAGUACCGAAAAGAUAUCGAUAAGUACCGAAAAGAUAUCGAAAAGUACCGAAAAGAUAUCGAAAAGUACCGAGAAGAUAUCGAAAAGUACCGAAAAGAUAUCGAAAAGUAUCGAAAAGAUAUCGAAAAAUAUCGAAAAGUACCGAAAAGAUAUCGAAAAGUAUCGAAAAGAUAUCGAAAAGUAGCGAAAAGAUAUCGAAAAGUAUCGAAAAUAUAUCGAAAAGUAUCGAAAAGAUAUCGAAAAGUAUCGAAAAGAUAUCGAAAAGUGUCUAUAUAUAAUGAAAAGUAUCUAUAUAUAAUAAAAAUAUCGAUAUAUAAUGAAAAGUAUCGAAAAGAUAUCGAUAAGUAUCGAAAAGAUAUCGAUAAGUAUCGAAAAGAUCUCGAAAAGUAUCGAAAAGAUCGAAAAGUAUCAAAAAGAUAUCGCAAAUAUCGAAAAGAUAUCGAUAAGUAUCGAAAAGAUAUCGAUAAGUAUCGAAAAGAUAUCGAUAAGUAUCGAAAAGAUAUCGAUAAGUAUCGAAAAGAUAUAGAUAAGUUUCGAAAAGAUAUCGAAAAGCAUCGAAAAGACAUCGAAAAGUAUCGAAAAGUUAUCGAUAAGUAUCGAAAAGAUACCGAAAAGUAUCGAAAAGUUAUCGAAAAGUAUCGAAAAGAUAUCGAAAAGUAUCGAAAAGAUAUCGAAAAGUAUCGAAAAGAUAUCGAAAAGUAUCGAAAAGGUAUCGAAAAGUAUCGAAAAGAUAUCGAAAAGUAUCUAUAUAUAUCGAAAAGUAUCUAUAUAUAUCGAAAAGUAUCGAUAUAUCGAAAAUAUCGAAAAGAUAUCGAAAAGUAUCGAAAAGAUAUCGAAAAGUAUCGAAAAGAUAUCGAAAAGUAUCGAAAAGUAUCGAAAAGAUAUCGAAAAGUAUCGAAAAGAUCGAAGAAAAGAUAUCGAAAAUACCGAAAAGAUAUCGAAAAGUACCGAAAAGAUAUCCAAAAGUACCGAAAAGAUAUCGAAAAGUACCGAAAAGGUAUCGUAAAGUACCGAAAAUAUAUCGAAAAGUAUCGAAAAGAUAUCGAAAAGUAUCGAAAAGAUAUCGAAAAGUAUCGAAAAGAUAUCGAAAAGUAUCGAAAAGAUAUCGAAAAGUAUCGAAAAGAUAUCGAAAAGUAUCUAUAUAUAAUGAAAAUAUCGAUAUAUAAUGAAAAGUAUCGAAAAGAUAUCGAUAAGUAUCGAAAAGAUAUCGAUAAGUAUCGAAAAGAUAUCGAUAAGUAUCGAAAAGAUAUCGAUAAGUAUCGAAAAGAUAUAGAUAAGUAUCGAAAAGGUAUCGAUAAGUAUCGAAAAGAUAUCGAAAAGUAUCGAAAAGAUAUCGAAAAGUAUCGAAAAGACAUCGAAAAGUAUCGAAAAGAUAUCGAAAAGAUAUCGAAAAGUAUCGAAAAGAUAUCGAAAAGUAUCGAAAAGAUAUCGAAAAGUAUCUAUAUAUAUCGAAAAGUAUCUAUAUAUAUCGAAAAGUAUCCAUAUAUAUCGAAAAUAUCGAUAUAUAAGUACCGAAAAGAUAUCGAAAAGUACCGAAAAGAUAUCGAAAAGUACCGAAAAGAUAUCGAAAAGUAUCGAAAAGUUAUCGAAAAGUAUCGAAAAGAUAUCGAAAAGUAUCGAUAUAUAGAUAAGUAUCGAAAAGAUAUCGAAAAAUAUCGAAAAGUACCGAAAAGAUAUCGAAAAGUACCGAAAAGAUAUCGAAAAGUACCGAAAAGAUAUCAAAAAGUACCGAAAAGAUAUCGAAAAGUACCGAAAAGAUAUCGAAAAGUACCGAAAAGAUUUCGAAAAGUACCGAAAAGAUAUCGAAAAGUACCGAAAAGAUAUGGAAAGUACCGAAAAGAUAUCGAAAAGUACCGAAAAGAUAUCGAAAAGUACCGAAAAGAUAUCGAAAAGUACCGAAAAGAUAUCGACAAGUACCGAAAAGAUAUCGAAAAGUACCGAAAAGAUAUCGAAAAGUAUCGAAAAGAUAUCGAAAAGUAUCGUUAA